GGGUUUCCCCCUUGCAUCAUCCUUGCACCUGCAUCUCUCCCCCCCGAUCGUCGGUCUCCGCCUCGGCCCAACCCAUCCCACGCCUCUUAUUUCUGCUUUUCGCUUGACGAUCUCCUGUUCAUCCCACGUCAUAGAGAUCUGCGCCACGGUCUUCGGAAAUGCCUUCCAUUGCUUCUCGACUGCUGGCCGUGGGCUUGGCUGUGGUGGCUGCUGCCGCGUCUCAGAAUGACAGUCUGGUCACCCAGCAGCUCGACCUGGAGCCAUAUCCCUACGACUUCCCCAAACUCGGCACCGAUGGCGCUGACCUCUUCCCCAUGCGUCUCUGCCAUGGCUUCAAGCUCGAGGAAGCUAGCAUUGACGAGAUCCAAGCCGAGCUAGAGGCCAAGACCUUCACGGGCGUCCAGCUGCUUCAGUGCUACCUGGAGCGCAUCUACCAGGUUCAGCCUUAUGUCAAUGCUGUGAUGCAGCUCAACCCCGAUGCGCUCGCGAUCGCCGAGGCCCUGGACGAGGAGCGCCAAGCGGGUACUGUGCGCGGCCCCUUGCACGGUAUCCCCUUCCUCGUCAAGGACAACAUUGCGAGCAAGGACAAGAUGGAGACGACGGCCGGUAGCUGGGCUCUCGUGGGCUCCGUCGUGCCUCGUGACUCGCACGUUGUGCACCAGCUGCGUGAGGCGGGUGCUGUUCUGCUGGGCAAAUCUACGCUCAGUGAGUGGGCCGACAUGCGCUCGAAUGACUAUUCCGAGGGUUACUCGGGCCGUGGUGGCCAGUGCCGCAACGCCUAUAACUUCACGGUGAACCCCGGAGGUAGCAGUUCGGGAUCUGGAGUGUCCAUCUCCACCAACCAGGUUCCCUUUGCCCUCGGCACGGAAACGGACGGUAGUGUCAUCAACCCCGCUGAGCGGAACAACAUUGUCGGCAUCAAGCCCACGGUCGGUCUCACCUCGCGUGCGGGUGUCAUUCCCGAGUCUCUGCACCAGGACACCGUGGGUACGUUCGGUAAGACGGUGCGUGAUGCCACCUACGCCCUGGACGCGAUCUAUGGUAUCGAUCCCCGGGACAACGAGACCUCUACUCAGCGCGGCAAGACCCCGGCUGGUGGCUAUGCUCAGUUCCUCACGGACAAGUCUGCGUUGAAGGGAGCCGUCUUCGGUCUGCCUUGGUUGUCGUUCUGGCAAUACAACGAUGCUGCCCAGAAUGCUCAGCUGAUGGAACUGUUGGAGUUGCUCGAGUCGGCGGGAGCGACCAUCAUCAACGGCACCGAGCUGCCGCACUACAAGGAGAUCGUCGACCCUGAAGGCUUCAACUGGGACUACGGCAGUUCCCGUGGUUAUCCCAACCAGUCCGAGUACUCGUACAUCAAGGUCGACUUCUACAACAACAUCAAGGAUUACCUGGCGGAGCUGGACAACACCAAUAUGCGUUCCCUGGAGGAUAUUGUGCAGUACAACAUCGACAACGCCGGCAGUGAGGGUGGCUUCCCCGGUGUCCACCCCGCCUUCGCUUCCGGUCAGGAUGGGCUCCUCGCUUCCCUCGCCACCAAGGGAGAGAUGAACGAGACCUACUGGCAGGCGCUCGAGUACUGCCACCGCACCAGUCGGGAGGAGGGUAUCGAUGCUGCUCUCCGCCACGGGGGCCGCAACAUCACCGCUCUCCUGGCGCCGCCCGACUUUCCUCCCGCGGUCGAGAUCGCCGCGCAGGCCGGGUACCCGGUUGUCACCGUACCCGCUGGGAUCAACAAGGAGUCCCACAUGCCGUACGGGUUGGCUCUGUUCGGCACGGCCUACUCGGAGGCGACGCUCAUCAAGUACGCCAGUGCGAUCGAGGACCUGCAGCAGUCUUCGCAGACCCCUUGGAAGCGCAGCCUGCCGACCUGGAGCGGUUACUUGGAGCGCAACAUUCCCGUCAACUGAGGGUCGUGCAGCUGUGGAGGUAAUGAGGUGGAUGUAUAUAUGCCAAU